UUUCCUCAUUGAGAGUUAGUAAUGCUGUUUAAGCUCAGCGAGGAGCCCGGGAGACAACGCUUCACCGACAACUUGCUUUACUUUGGGCUUCACUCUUCUCUGCUCCCCGAUGACUUCUUCUAUCUCCGCCUGGAUUUGGAGUGAGACUUUCUGGCUUCCUGAAAAUGUUUCGUGGGCAGACCUGGAGCAGCCAGCAGCUGGAGUGGAGUACCCCAGACUGCAGCAUAUGCUCUGCCAUGCCUUCCCUCUGGCUGCGGGGGUUUUACUACUCAGGAUGCUUUUCGAGAGGCUAGUGGCCAAACCCUGUGCCCACAUACUUCAGAUUCAGGCGGGAGUGCCCCGACGAGCUCAGCCUAACGCCGUCCUGGAGAGGCUCUAUCAGUCCAACACGUGCCCAGAUGCGAGACAAAUGGAGGGACUCUCCAAGCAGCUGGACUGGGAGGAACGGAAAAUUCAGAGAUGGUUUCGUGUCCGCCGGAACCAGGACAGGCCCAGCAUGCAGAAGAAGUUUUGUGAGAGCAUGUGGAGAUUCACCUUUUACCUGGUGAUUUUUAUCUAUGCCAUUAGCCAUUUGUGGACGUCACCUUGGAUGUGGGAUACUAGACACUGUUGGUACAACUACCCUUUUCAGCCUUUAAGUCCAGGACAAUACAACUACUAUGUUGCCGAGCUGGCUUUCUAUUGGUCUCUGAUGGUGUCCCAGUUCACAGAUAUUAAACGAAAGGAUUUCAUGAUCAUGCUUGUCCACCACCUGGCCACCAUAUUCCUCAUCACAAUCUCCUAUGGCAACAACAUGCUCAGAGCUGGUACUUUGGUCAUGUGUGUGCACGAUGCGUCAGACAUCUUCCUCGAGGCAGCCAAGUUGGCCAACUAUGCCAAAUACCAGAGGCUAUGUGACACCAUGUUUGUGGUGUUCAGCAUUAGCUUUUUCAUCGCACGGCUCGUCAUCUAUCCUUUCUGGAUUGUUCACAGCGUGCUGUUUGAGAGCUGGGAGAUUAUUGGGCCGUAUCGGGCCUGGUGGCUGUUGAACGGGCUUCUGCUGGUCCUGCAGGUUCUUCACAUCAUCUGGUUCUACACCAUCACCCGCAUUGCUGUCAAAGCUAUCUUCAAGGGAAAGGUAUCAAAAGACGAUCGUAGCGACAUAGAGAGCAGCACGGAUGAGGACAUUUCCUCCAACGGCAGUAAAAACUGCUGUCCACCUUCCAAACUGAAGGACAGCAGCCAUACCGGUGUUCUUAACGGAGAAACUCAUGACCACUGAGAGAAGAUCCUUUAUUCCAAAUGCUGUCCUUUACUUCAUGUGAGACCGACUCUGUGCCUUAUCACAGUGAACCUCGAUUUAUUUUUCCAAAGAUGAUGCAAAGAUGUUAAACUCCAUGGUUGGUGCACAGCCUUGGGACCCUGAAAUGUUUACAUCUGCUGUUUUUCUCACAAAGUACACAAACACAUGAGAAUUUCAGCAACUGAAGAACUGCUUACAAUGCUUUAUGCAUGUAAAUAGAUUUUCUUAUCGGCAAUGGUUUAUGUAUUUGAUUGCUGUGAAACAAAUCACUGCUUCCAUCGUAUUUGUUGUAUUAUAGUUAAAUAUGCUUGUGUGCUUUUGAUUUCAGACAUCCCAAAGGUUUCUCAAUUUGAAACAAAAAAAUGCAAUAAAUCCAGUGAUUCUGAUAUGCCAACUUUUAUCUUUCAACACCUUUAGCGUUUAAGCUAACAGAGCCUCAUUGACUAAGUUGCCUUAAUUUCCAAGGCGACUUUCUCAGAUCGUUUUCUGUUUUGUUGCUACAUGAAACCACAAAUAUACUGUUGGUACAUUUUUAUUUAUAAUAUACUAUAAGGCACAUUACACAGGUCCUGCUUAUGUGAGCAAAUCUUAGAUCUAUUAAAGCAUGGCUAUCCUGAACUGAGCGUCCUCCCCCUCUAGUUGGCUUCUAUGUUCCAUGGCAUCCAGAACAGCUCAAAGAUUGUUCAAUAAAUGAUGUGCAUCUUAAACAACAUUAAUAAGAUCAGGGUUCUGCAAACUUUAUAAUGUAAAGAGUCAUUUAGGAUUUCAGUACUGUUCACAAAACUUGCAAAGAUGACUAUUAAAAACAAAAAUUAACUUAUGUUUAAUAUCUUGCUCAUUUAAGGUUUUAAAA